UGUGAGUGAUCUUGAGUCAGAUUAUGCUUAAAGCUGAUAUAUUGUCUUGUUUUGUGAGUGAUCCUGAAUCAGAUUAUCAUGCUUAAAGCUGAUAUAUUGUCUUGUUUUGUGAGUGAUCUUGAGUCAGAUUAUGCUUAAAGCUGAUAUAUUGUCUCAUUUUGUGAGUGAUCCUGAGUCAGAUUAUUUAUAAUGCUUAAAUCUGAUGUAUUGUCUCGUUCUGUGAAUGAUCUUGAGCCGGAUUAUUUAUAAUACUUAAAGCUGAUAUAUUGUCUCGUUUUGUGAGAGAUCCAGAGUGCACACUGGAGGGCGAUAUUAUAGCACACAACAUGUGCGCGCCUCUGUGCAGAACUGGCAACCCUUCAGCUGUGGAUGCUGCCAAUGGAAGGAGAGUUUAUAAAAGAACACACUGCGAGCAUGAAGGCUGUUCAUAUCAAGCGCAGAUCUGCUGUUUAACUCGUAGGAUCCGUGCUGAUCUGGAGGAAGAGGAAGACUACCAGGAGAAUAGUUUGUGGGCUGCAGUGUCCUAACAAGAGGACGCUUACUACUAGAGUAGACCAUCAGAAUCAGGACGCGGCUCAUGCUGAGUGAUCGAAACAUCUACUUUUAUUAAGUGCAAUCUCUGGUUUAUUUUCUCUCAGUGGCCAUGAGCGGAGUGAACUUCCUCGGGUCGUGGGUUUUGUACGCUUUGUUUUUGCCGCUUUCUGAGCCGAGCGGUCAGCCCCUGAAGUGCCACGAAGUGCGCUCAUCCUUCCAGUUUCUGUACCCUGGCACCAAGUGGGCUCCGGACGCACCGGUCUCAGGCUCAGACCUGCAAGUGUGUCAGUCGAAAGGCCUCACUUGCUGCUCUCGCAAAAUGGAAGAGCGUUACCUCCUAACUGCUAAACAGAACUUGGAGUCGAAUUUGCAGGCCAGCAGCGCCCAGCUCAAACUCCUCAUCAUCCAGAAUGCGGCCCUCUUUCAAGAGGCCUUUGACAUGGUUUUGCGCUUGGGCCGUAACUCUACUCUCACCCUGCUGAGGGAGGAGUUCCCAGGCCUGGGUACUGGAGCCAAUGGUGCUGCCACUCAGCUCUUCCUGGAUAUGUCUCUCUACAUCCUUGGCUCUGAUGCCAACGUGGAUGACAUGGUGACCUCCUUCUUCUCACGCCUCUUUCCUCUUGCCUAUCGCCGCCUCUUGGGCAAUGGGGCAGCAGCACCAAUCUCAGAUGAGUGCAUGCACAAGAUGUGGCGUGAGGCAUCAGUAUUCGGCUCUUACCCUAAGCUAAUGAUGACGCGCCUCUCACGUUCACUGCUGGCCACGCGUCUCUUCCUUCAGGCGCUGAACCUGGGCAUCGAGGUGGUGAACACCACUCAGCACCUGAAGGCGGGACGGGAGUGUGGUCGGGCACUGCUCCGCCUGUGGUACUGCCCACUGUGCCAAGGGCUGCUGGAGGUGCGACCAUGCAAGGCAAUGUGCCUUGCAACCAUGGGCACCUGUCUUGGGGGGGCAGCUGAGGUACAGCCACACUGGAGGGCCUAUGUGGAGGGACUGGGCACAUUGGCAGCUGCCAUGAGAGGAGGGCAGGACAUUGAGGCAGUGGUGCUCAGGCUGCAUGUCAUCAUCCGGAUGGCUCUCAGACACAUUGUAGGGACCAAGAGCAGAGUGAAUGCACAGGUGAGCAGCAUGUGUUCACACACACCCCAGCGCAAGGCUCGUGCAGUGACAUCACCGGUGGAGCGGGCGCUAGUCAUUCAGCCCGUCAACUUUGAUCCAGAUGAGACUCUUUCUGGACAACGCAGAGAGUUUAUCCAGAGUCUGAGGGGCUUCAGUUUCUUCUACGCAAAUCUUGGGGAGACUCUGUGCAGCCGAGAGCCAGCGGCUCUCAACGGCUCCCUCUGCUGGAAUGGGCAGGAGAUGACAGACAAGUUUUCAAGUCCAGGGCCGAGGAAGAGCCACCCUCAUGGAUCAGACACCAAACACAAGCACCCCGAGCCUGUCGUCAGCCAGAUCAUUGACAAACUCAAACACAUCAACCAGCUGUUAAGGAUGGUGACGUCACCGGAGAAGCGAUGGAGGGCUCGCCCAGGAGGCGGCGCUGCACGAAGAGAUCCAGACCAACUGAACCAAGCGGUGGAGGAUGAGGAAGGUCUAGAAAGUGGCGAUUGUGAUGAUGAAGACGAAUGCACUGGAGUUUCAGGACUCGGUCCACCCACACGACGCAAACGUUUACGUAUUUUUGCUGAUCUGGCAGAUAAUUUGGCAAUGGAUGACUUGACCUUUCACGAGUUGCUCCUGACCCCGAGGCUUGCCACAGACACACAUGGCGGAGCGUCUGUACCCGGAGCAGCAGACGGCCUGUAUGUCCCUCGUGUCUUCCUUCUGUUCGUCAUCCUCCUUCUCUUUGGAUUUCAGUGAACCCUCCAAUCUGUUUUACACAGACUCCACUCCAGACUCCCUCUUCAUCAACUCCUGACUGUCCUUUAAACUGGCCAGUGAAUUUGAAAGGACACCGCAGUUGACCCUUUGUAUAUACAGUGAAAGAUGAUCUAGACUGAGGAAAGAAGACUCUUUCUCCCUUUAUGUGUGCUAUCUCUGCUUUUACUUAAUGAACGUCUGUUUUUUUGUACUUCUACAAGGACCUGUUCAGUUGCCAAACCAUUAAAGAUGUACUCUCAGAGCAUGAUAAAUACGACACAUAUCCUAACUGUAUCCCUUUGUGCUUUUAUCCCAUAUUACAGUCAUCUGUUUUACAUGGGAAAUUAUUUGCUCUCUGGUGUUUUACACAUGGCUUUACACAAAGAACAGAGCUUCCUGUAUGUAAAGGACCUACCCCCUUUUUUUUUUCUAGAGGCCAUGCUUUUGUAAUUUAUUGGACUUUCUAGAGGAGGAAGACUGUGACUAAUAGGGUCUGGGGAAAUGUAGUGCUUCUCUAGUGGACAUGGGGUCUGUCUGAUUCCUGGACACUCAAACACACACACACACACCACGUUGCAUCCUAAUUCUGCCACUCAUUUCCUCUGCAGUAAAUGAUCCUUGCAGGAGAUCAAGGGAUUGGUAUGUCGUUGUGAAACCUUCUCACUGCAGGGUGACACCAGCUGAAUUUUAUUUGGAGAGAUAACAGUUUAUUACAAUGGUAACUUUCCCUUUUAGAGUCAUGCUACCUUUUCUUCCAUCUGUCUCUCUCUCUUUGCUUUUUCUCUCAUUGGAGAUAUAUAUUUCUCUCUUUCUCUUUCUCUGUAUCCUUGUCUGUCUCUCUGACUCUCGCAGUGACAGGCCAUGUCAUAUUUAGGUGUGUACUGGAGGUGGAUGAUUAAAGAUAUGGCCUACGUGAACACCCAUAAAUGUCCUCCUCUCAUCUUUGCCUUGAUUUACAAGUUGCCAAGACAAUGGCAUCCAAGAAAGGAGGCUCUGUGUUGAUGGCUCAAGUGUUUGACCCUGUUUUUCUUUGUUUCUAAAAUUGGCACACAAAGGUAUAAUCCUGUUACUUGAGACCAAUGUAAUAAUUCACUGUACGAUUAUAGGACAUAUUUACAAUAAAGUACUGUAAUAUAUUUACAGGUAAUUAAAUUUUUACAGUAUAUCACUGUAUGUUUUCGGUAAUGUACUGUAAAUUUUAAAGAAAAUAUAAUCCACUUGCUUUCCAUUUACUCAUUUUGCUCACGCUUUUUUGAAAGUUAUAUGAAACUUAAAAUUGAAGCAGGAUAAUAACUGAGCAGUUGAAGGUUAAGGGUCAACCAUGGCAGUUUGGCAGUGCUGGGAUCUGAAUUUACGACUUUCUGAUCUGUAGCUCUAAGGCUUAACUACCACUUCCCUCAACUAGCUCGCACUGAUUCAACCACUUCUACCAUUGAAUUAACUCACACUAAAAGAAGAAAGUUUGUGCUUUACAACCUGAAGUUUUUACUAGCUUAUAAACUUACAUCAGAGCGGGUAUGAGCUUACCUAAUAGAGUUCAGCACAGAAUAAGAUCCAGUAAUUUUCAGAUGUGGACACAACAAGAAUCUUUACUAAAACAUUAAAUAUUCCACUAUGCAUUGCAUUUCCUGGUAUUUUACUGUUAACAAAUGCACUGCUCUAAUUGCCCAAUCAUUUACAGUGCAAUUCUGUAAAAUAAUAAAACAGUAUUUUGCUGUAAAAUAAAUACUGUAAAUGUACAGUAAUUUUUUUACAGUGUAGAGUAAUAAAGAUUCUCAUAUAUGUUUUUGUAAAUUAUGGAAAGGGUUUCAUAUUUUGAGCUAUGUCUGAUGAAGCGUAGUCAUAUGUUGCCCAGACAUAUAGCAGACUUGGAGCAUCUGAAAGCAAUAGGCAUGUAAGUUCAAGUAAACAAUCAAGGACUCACGAAUGAAAUCACAUCUAAAAUCCAGUGGGUAUUAGAUUAGUUAUUACACACUGGCCUGUAGUGAAUUAUGUUAAGAAUUCCUGUAAUUAAACACCAAAUUCCCUCAUUCCUGUUUAUAUUACAGCUGAUUGAGUAGUGGAGGAGUGUCUGAGGCCAUUUGGCAGGUCUGAGCCGUGGAGCACUCGCGAAGACCUUCUCUCACACCAGUUACCCAGUUCAACAUUCAGUGACGAGUUCUUCUUGUAUUUGUAGCACGUCUCCUUGGUUGACCAGUAUUUGUGAUUUGUGGAAGCCAAUAUGGAUACUUUUUGGAGUAUUUGGUAACAGAGUGUGUCACAU